AUGUCUGACUACGGCAACGACGACGUUGAAGAGAACUUCGACUACGAGCCCGGCGAGGAUGUCUUCGAUGAGCCGGAGGAACAGGAGGCUCUUGAAGGCGAAGACCACAUGGAGGGGGAUGACUACAACCCCACUGCCAAUGGCGAGAACGUUGUCGUCUCAGGCGACCCCAAUGCCGGAUACUCAGGAAAGGUCAUGGAACAGUCUCGCGAGAAGAAGGUUCCCAACGACCAGCGCACCACUACCCCAUACUUGACCAAGUACGAGCGCGCGCGUGUCCUGGGUACCCGUGCCCUCCAGAUCAGUAUGAACGCGCCCGUCCUUGUCGACCUCGAGGGUGAAACCGAUCCCCUGCAGAUCGCCAUGAAGGAGCUGAACCAGAAGAAGAUCCCUCUCAUCAUUCGCCGCUACCUUCCUGACGGAUGGUAUGAGGACUGGACUUGCGAGGAACUCCUCUAA